AAUAAGCAGACAGGUGAAUACUUGCUUUUUCUUCACCAGAAGUGGGACAUGCUCUCCGGAGGAAGGUUUAACAAAAGCAAGUAGCUGGAAUGUGUAUUUUGUGGAUGUUGGUUACUGGCAAAUGCACGAUCAGGAGAGGAAAACAUGGCUCAUUUUGCAAGGCCCCACUCGCUCUCUCGUUUGAAGCGAGGCAGCAGUCGAAGGAAACGUGUAUCAAAGACGGGUCUGAUGAUCCAAACUCCUCACAUUAUCCUGUCGCACUCUGAAUGGGAUCAUAAACGUGGCUACAGAGGAUCACAGUCUACAGGCACCAGUGUGACUGUUGAUAUCGCUGUGAUGGGUGAGGCCCAUGGACUAAUUACAGACCUUCUGGCUGAUCCUUCUCUGCCUCCCAAUGUCAGUACCUCCUUGAGGGCUGUCAGCAACCUCCUCAGCACACAACUGACCUUCCAGCCCAUCCACAAGCCCAGAAUAAAUCCAUUAGUGUCAUUCAGUGAGUCCUAUGCUGGUCCUGACUCCGAGGAAUGCCCGGGAGAGAAGCUCGCAAUCCCAAAGCGACUGAGGAGAAGUCUCCCUCCAGGACUAUUGAGAAGGAUUUCAUCUACAUGGACAACUACAACUUCCGCUACUGGCCUGCCCACCAUGGAGCCUGGGCCUGUCAGGAGAGACCGCAGCGGGAGCAUUAAGCCAUCUCACGAAGCCCCAUCAGGCAGUUCUUUUACUACAGAGUCUUGGAACAACAGUUGCUCUCCCUCAGUUCUGAUGACCAUUGCCAAAAGCAGAUCAUUCUCAGCCUCCUAUGCUGUUGCCACAAAUAAUCACGUAAAUGCUAAAAGGCAAUUGCGGCAAGGUUACUCUUCAAACAUCACACCUCUCAACUCUCCGUGCCAUUCCCCGAUCCAGGGGACUCCAGCCGGUAGUCCCACGAGCAAAACCUCAGCUGUUGAAUUUCCAGACACAGCUGAUAUCCUGACUAAGCCAGGCCGGAACCCACAUAAGCCCUUAACGUACACUCAGAGUGCACCAGAUGUCACAGGGCAAUACAGGAGUAGCUGCAUGGUGUGUAGCAGCUGUGGCCGACCGUUCAGUAAACUGACGCACUCGGACAGCAUAGCGGAUCGUGUUGAUGCACCAGCCCACUCACUAAGCAGGACUGAGGACACUGCACAAGCGACAUCUGACUAUGACAGCACCCAUGAAACAAAUAACAGCGACAGCAGUGACAUCACACAGAAUGAUGAAGAGCAGGAAUUAUGUUCAAAAGGAUUGGUUCAAUCCCUCAAAAGCUCUGACUGCAGAAACUAUAGGCCCGAAAGCCUUAUGUUGCAUCAUUUGAUUCCAGCUGAGGAUAAACCAAUUCUUGCCCCGGAACCCCUGCUAUUAGAAGGCCUGGAGCCACUAUUCACACAAUUAAACAACUGGAAUUUUCCCAUCUUUGAUCUUGUCGAGAUGACGGGCUCCAAGUGUGGCCGAAUCCUCAGCCAGGUGGCAUUCAGACUGUUUGAAGACACUGGACUUUUUGAAAUAUUUAAAAUCCCAUUAAGGGAAUUCAUGAACUAUUUUCAUGCAUUAGAAAAUGGAUACAGAGACAUCCCCUAUCAUAAUCGUAUACAUGCCACUGAUGUGUUACAUGCAGUCUGGUACCUCACCACACAGCCAGUCCCAGGACUGCAGACGACAAUGAAUGAUCAUGGCUCAAUGAGUGAUUCAGAUUCAGACAGUGGGAUCACACAUGGACACAUGGGAUAUGCCGUGUCGAAAACGUACAAUGAGACAGAGAACAGAUAUGGUUGUGUUAUUGCCAAUGUUCCCGCCUUGGAGUUGAUGGCUCUCUAUGUUGCUGCAGCAAUGCAUGAUUAUGACCACCCUGGAAGAACUAAUGCCUUUCUAGUGGCAACAAGUGCGCCACAGGCUGUUCUAUAUAAUGACCGCUCAGUUUUGGAGAACCACCACGCUGCAUCAGCAUGGAACCUUUUCAUGUCACAACAGGAUUACAAUUUUUUGAUCAACUUGGAUCACGUUGAAUUCAAGAGAUUCCGAUUUCUUGUGAUUGAAGCCAUACUAGCCACCGAUCUUAAGAAACAUUUUGACUUCCUUGCUGAGUUCAAUGCCAAGGUGAACGAAGAGGUCGGACCUGGUAUUGAUUGGGCAAAUGAAAAUGAUCGCUUGCUAGUUUGUCAAAUGUGCAUCAAGCUCGCUGACAUCAAUGGGCCGGCCAAAUGCAAGGAGCUGCAUUUAAAAUGGACUGAAGGCAUUGUUAAUGAAUUUUACGAGCAGGGUGAUGAAGAGUCAAGCCUCGGGCUUCCCAUCAGCCCGUUUAUGGACCGUUCAGCCCCUCAGCUGGCCAAACUUCAGGAAUCCUUCAUUACACACAUUGUGGGUCCACUGUGUAACUCCUAUAACUCAGCAGGGCUAAUACCUGGAAGAUGGGUGGAGGAUAGUGAUGAAGAUGAGGAAGAGGAGGAGGACGACGAUGAUGCUGAAACAACAGAGGAGGAAGGCACAGAAACGUUGGAAAUGAGACAAACGGGAGAGACAUGUAGGAAGCGAAGAAAAGUCUUCUGCCAGAUUACACAGCACCUGAUGGAGAACCACGAAAUGUGGAAAAAGGUAAUUGAGGAGGAACAGAGGGAAGCAGAGCUCAAACAGCAAGACCAGUCCUCCCUGCACCAAAGCUCAGAGACAAUCCAAGCCAUUACUGAGGAAGAGGAGGACAGGGAUGAGAAGAAUAAUGAAGAAUCAGAAGGGACUUCAGAGACACUAACCGGUUUGAAUCCAGACACGACCAAUGAGACAUUAGAAGAUGACAAAAAUGACUGAAUUGUGCAUCAAUUUUUUUUUAUUCUGUUCCAGCACAAUACUUUGACACAAUACUGUAGAUGUUUAGGACAAUGUGCCUACAGCUGUGAUGGUGUAAAUUUGCUAUGAAGAAGAACAAGACUAAAUAAAUGUCACUAAGGAAGCUUCUGAAUUGCACCACUGGCUGAAAUAGACUUUGAACACUCAAUGGUUACCCAGUAGGACUUUGGUGUACUUCUUCAUUGACAUAUCUUGUUUAACAAUGCUUGAUACCGACAUCUGUAAAAGGAAACACACUGACUUGUUGUCCGACCACGGUGGCCAUCAAAAUGAAGGAAGACGUACUUCUGAAGCAAGCACGUUGCAGAAAAUGCAGUACUCAGCCUGUAGCUUUCGCUCUAUUUUGAGUGAAAGUUGAAAGCUUUAUCAAGAGCUCUGACAUGGCCUGCCAAUACCUUUAGUGUACAUAAUCUUGUAGCUCACCAGCUUUGUAUAAGUGAUCUCUGUGUAGCUGUAGUACUUCUACAUUGCGAAAGUGGACUUGAACAAAUGUUUUAGAGAAAGACUGGCGGACAUAUGGAGGGCCAUUUCACUUUAUAAAAGGUACAUGCUACAAGCCAAACUCCUAGUUGAGGAUUUAUAUCCAUUUUGAAUAUUUUUAUUGUUUAUUUACAUUUCAAUGAUAAUUACUUAUGAAAGAUAACAGUUUAUUGUAGAUAUAAAGAACAUUUUCUAUUGGCUUUUGUAAAUAGCAAACUCUCAAACCAAUUUUGUGAUUUUGUAAAGAUGGUUAUGAAAAUGUCACACUUAAAAAAAUUCUUAUUGUACUGCCAUGACUUAGUACAUUCUUAUAUUAUGCCAGCAUGAUUUAGCACAUGCAAGUUGAGGUACAUACUGAACUUUAAAAGCUGAUCAUUAUUUGGAUUAUAUUUGCAGCAAGCAUGAACCCUUAAGAUACUGUUUACUGCUGAUGGUACUGAGUUGAUUUGCAAUAGAAUUGCAGUACAGCCUAACACUUCCUGAGGGCCAUUAUCUGUGCAUCUUCGAUAUUGUGUGACAGUUAGUGACUGUAAAUUGUGGUAUUUUCCCCUUUCCUAUGCGAGUGAGCUAUCGGACAGCCUAACACAGCAUUGGUUUGUAUUGCCAUCGCUCGGUCUGUCUCGAUGACUUUGCAUGAUUUGUUUACUGAGCCAAGAGUUCCCCUUUGUUUCAAUUUUGAUCAUCAUGUCAUAUUUUUCAUUCUUUAUUUGCAUCAAAAGCAGUUUCACAUGAUGAGGUUUAAUGAAUCUAAGAAUCUGUGACCCUCGGAUAAAAUACUCAAGCCCGCAGAUAAAACUAAUACAAUACAAUACAAUAUAUAACUUACAAAAUGUGGAGCUGGAGGAACACAGCAGGCCAGACAGCAUCCAGAGGAGCAGGAAAGUUGACAUUUCAGCUAACCCAAAACAUUAACUUUCCUGUUCCUCUGAUGCUGCCUGGCCUGCUGUGUUCCUCCAGCUCCACAUUUUGUUAUCUAUGACUCCAGCAUCUGCAGUUCUUACUAUCACAAUACAUUACAUUUUGGGUUCAUGUUAAAUUUGUGAACAAUGCCUUUUGUGGAAGUUAAGCAGGACUGAAGAAUUGUGUUUUAAUAUACAAAGUGUAAUGGAAAUCUUAUCCGCCACCAUCUCACUGAAGAACUGUUGACGUUUGAGUCAAAUUAACAUUUUAAAGUUCACAAAGUUCAUCUCCCCAGCAGUGAUCCCCAAAGGGCCCGUUCCUGUGCUGUACUGUUCUAUGUUCAAAACUGAGCUUGAUUGAUUUUGCUUAGGCAGGGAUAUUAAGGGUUAGAAAUCCAAGGUAGAGAAUUGGAAUUAAGAUAUAAAUGAGCUGUGAUCAGUUUGAAUAUUAGAAAAGGCUCCAAGUGAUGAAUGGACCACUGUUAUCCCCAUGUUCUUAAGACCUUAAUGUUAUUUCAGACCCGGGGCUGAAUCUUACCAUUUUUGGCUAAAUGUGAGCCAUGGUGUGUUUGGUGGAAUGAAUUUUGCCUUGAGAUCAAGCCAACUUUCGCACCAUAUCUUACGAAAAUUGUCACAUUGAUUGCAGUGGAGCCCUUGCGAUGAGAAUCAUCUCCUGUCUCUGCCCCUAUCUCUGACCACAUGCCAUUCAGAGAGGAACAUAUUGCUCAGUGGAGGACCUCCACAAGUCCAGCAUCCUUUGGGGCUGUGUCAUCUCUCAAUGUCUACUGCCAUUUGUAAACUCAGCUUCUCCGCAAGAGAAGGAGGGGCUGGCACCUUGGCUUCUUGGAGAGGGACCCGAAACCUCUUUUGGAUGUGGUAGUGGAGAAGAGAGGAGUUCUUGUCCCAGAGAACUUUCAGAGGUGGACACACCACCAUGCUGUGCCAGCCUGUUUGGAGAUCACCACACAGAUCAAUGCCAUCUCCAGGACGAUGCAAAUUGGCCAUCAGUGCAGAAAAAAAGGUUCUCCUGUGCACCACCAGGGUAAGUUUAAUACUCUGUGCUCUCUUGCCUCGUACUAUCUGUGCAGUGACCUCCCACCAAUGCUGUGAUACUCCGCCUGUUGCAUGAAACCCCUUCCCUCACUCAUUGUUGUUACCUCCCCAUCCUCCUACAUGACUAGCCCCCUUUCCCAUGUCCUGUAUGUUGUGUGCCCACUCCCUCAAAAUACCUCACCAAUAUGCACCAACCCUCAGAACCAUACCACCCACCUGUGUCUCACUCAUUUGGUCUCUUUGUUGUAGGAGAAGACGUCCCAUAAUAGGUCAGGACAAUGUAAGAUGGUGGGUGGGUGGCAAGAGAGGGAGUUUGUUGGACGUCUGUGUCCUCACUGCUGGAAACCCCACACCCCUCCACUUAAGGACUCUUGUUCUGGAAGGAGAUGACAGAGAGCUUCAGCAUGUCUGGUCUAUCCAGAGCCAAUGCCCCUGGGGUCACCCAAUCAAAUUUCCAGAGCCAACGGGUUAUAUUGAGGGGCAGGCUCCCUACAGCCCCUUUGCAGAGCCAGUGAGCUCAGUGCAGCUCAGUUGGAGGCAUAGCAAGAGAGAAAUGUACCAAUGACAGGUGUGGGGACAGCUGGAAAACAUAUAUAUAGUUUGUUGGUCAGUAUAUCUGAUGUAAGGUCCUUUGUUUAUCAUAGUCCGGAAUGUCCACAGUUUAUUUAGAAAGCACUUUUGCAUUUAAAGUUUUUCUCACCACAGAUGGAAUGUAAAUAGUUUUAACAUUUCAUAAAACCUUGUGUUUCAGUGCUUACAUUGUUAUCCCUGUCUCUGUUAUGGCUGUGGCGCCCUGCUACAGCAUCAGUCCUUGACUAUUAAUAAAGCACAGUGGUUUGGGGGUCUGCCAUGAUCAUCAAAUACAUAAAGUGGGAACAGGCCAGUAAUGUGUACACACGACCCUUUACAGCCCAGCUUCCUCUCAUUGCCUCCUGUUUAGCUGGCUGAGUGUGCAGCCUUGUGUACCUCAGGAAGUUCCCCCAGCCAGCACUGGGAACAGGGAGAUACAGCUAAGAUGGUUGAUACUGCAGGACGGCCGUGAGCAGGCACCCUGCAUGCAUGUGUUUGCCAUGUUUGACAACAGUGUUGCUCACUUGUGUUGGCCCGAUAUAUGGUCCAAGAUGCAGACCCCUCCUUCAGGAGUCACUCACUGUGCGUCCCCCUCCCCCCCAUCCCCACCCCUGCCGGUUGUGAGUCCCUUCAAAUCCAUUCUCCUCAACAUUGUGUGCCAUCGGUAUGCCUCAUGAUUGGAACAACAGUGGGUGGUCCUUGCCAAUGGUUUCAAUCUCACUGAGAAACCCCCUCCUUUCUAGAUCCUCAUUCCAUCAGACCUCUCACUUCUCCAGGUUAUCACCCAAGCCAUGUAUAUUUGACUAAAACUGCCUGUUCACAACGACACCCCCAUUAAUUUAGACUUGUAGAGUUUUUACAGCAUGCAAAGCGACCCUUCAGCCCAUCGUCAUAGCUACACCAGUCUUCAAAUAUCCACCUAUUCUAAUUGCAUUUUCUAGCACUUGGCUCAUAGCUUGAAUGCUGCAAUAUUUCCAAAUUCUCGUCUAAGUAGUUCUCACAUGUCUUGAAGGUUCCCUCCUGUACCAUUCUUUUAGGCAAUGAAUUCCAGAUUCCCACAACCCUCUGGGUAAAAAUGUCUCUCCUCAAAUCCCCUCUGAAUCCCCCACUUCAAAACCAUUUGAUCACUAAACUAAAAGGAAAUUUUCUCCCCGUCUAUCCCAUCUUAAGCCCUUUUGAACUGGUACACGUCAAUCAGAUUCCUCUUAGACUUCACUAUGUAAGGAAAUCAACCCCAGCCUAUCUCAUGUCUCUUCCAUAGCUAAAUCCCUCCAGCCCUGGCAACAUCCUGGUGAAUCUCUUCUGCACCUUGUUACAGAGUGACAGCCCGAAUUGCACACAGUACUCCAGGUGAAGCCGAAGUAAUGCUCCAUCAUAAUCUUCCUCCUCUUCUAUGCAUCGUUUUGACUAAUAAAGGCAAGUAUCUCAUGUGCUUUCUUAACCACCUUAUGUACCUGUCUGCCCUCUUUCAAUGAUCUAUGGACAUAUACACCAGUGCCCCUCUCAUCCUCUGUACUUCCUAGGGACCUACCAUUCAAUGUGUACUCCCUAGCCUUGUUCAUCUUCUCAAUAUGCAUCACCUCACACUUUCCAACUUAAAAUUCCAUUUGCCACUGUUUAGCUCAUCCGUCCAGUCUGUUUAUGUUGUCCUGUAGCCUGAGGCUUUCCACAUUGCCAAUUUUCAAGUCAUCUGUCAGUUUACUGAUCAUACCUUCAACAUCAUUAAUGUACACAAGGAAUAGUAAGGAACUCAGCACCAAACUCUGUGAUACACCACUGGACACAGGCUUCCAGUCACAAAAAACACCCUUCAACCACUUCCUGCCAUUAAGCCAAUUUUAGACCCAAUUUUCCAAAUUGCACUGGAUCCCAUGGGCUCUUCACUUCUUAACCAGACUGCCAUAAGAGACACGUCUAAACCCUUAGGGAACAUCAGUAACAGUACCUUCAUCCACACACCUCCAGGCAGGAAGCCUGGUUAAAAUCAGUGCAAUGAGUCCCUCUCCCUGAGCCAUACCUGUGCCCAAUUCAGCCAUACACUGCUGGUUGCUGGUGUACUCUCCUAGGUCAGUCUGUCCUUUCAGACACUGUGCGAGCACAUUGGAAGAUGCCUGGAUAAUGGCGAUGUUUCCCUGAAAAUUGAAUGCUAAUGUCCAUGGUAGAAGGGUACGUGUUAAGAGUGCUGGUGAAUUGUGUCCUGCUCUACAGUUUGUCCAUGACUAACAUGGAUCUCCAGGAGCAAUUGACAAGUUGGACUGAGCAAGAACCCACUCAGGUUUCCACAUCAAGAUUUUUUGACUGGUUUGUUUGGUGAGUUUUGUGAGAUGAGAGCCUGCAGCAAGUUGAGCAAUUAGCAAGCUCUGGGCCAAGCAAUACUGAGCAUCAUUUGGAAACUAACUACUGCCUGGUGAGAAUAUCAUGUCUCCACUUGAGAAAAAUGUACAGGAUGCAGUUGCUCUUGAUGUCAAAAUGGACCUUAUCAAAUGUCUCGCUCAAUUCUACCACUCAUCACACCAUUGUUGCUUGGAGCCUGGUAGGAUUCUGCACAAGGGUUUGCUUGGAAGAGUAGAAACUCAAUUUUAUACUUGCAAUUUGUAUCAAAUAUAAGUCCAAGAUGUAAAACAUCACUUUCAACAAUGGCACAUUCUGACCCUGCAUUGCCAUCUUGAAUGACAUAAUUGUAAUGAAUUAUUUAGUUUAUAAUGCUACUUUGAGGUCACCCAAAUGCUGAUACCAAUUUAAUCAACGGUAUGGGUGAGGAAAGAGUCAUAAAUAGUAAGAAGUCGCAAGAAGAUUAAGCUAAAUAUUUUUAUGUUUCUUUUUGCAAGGAGAGAAUGUUUAAAACGAAGCUGACUAGGUCAGUGAUCCUACUGUUGCCAACAUGAUGGAAAGGAAGGUAAUCCAUGCAGUGUAUAAAGUUGUCGGCAAAUUGUGGCUGGAAAUAUCCACAAUGACAUUCCGAGUAACACUGCUCCAGUAUUAUCCCAACUGAACAGUACAGGACCCAAUUCCAGUCCCCCACUCCAGAAGCACCAUCCUUACCAAAUCUUUUAACACCUGCCCCAUCCCUUGUGGAAAAAAGUAUUUGUCAGAUAUCUUAACCCAGCUCCUUAAACUAUCUUCACUGUGAGCAGUUUUGAUAUAGAUUUUAUGUGAAGUUUUAAAUGUGAGGGCAGAUUAGAUUUGGUUCGACCAGUGUUUAAACAAGAAACAAUGAAGUUAACGAAAUGUUCAAAAAUUGCUCUCAGGCCAUGUUCUGAAAAUGCUUUCUUCUUUAAGCUCAUUUUCUCAGAAGUUGGAAAUUAUGUCACAGAUCAACAGCUAGACAAAAUCAGGCACUGAAGUCUGAAAGGGUUGUGGUAGAAACUGUACAAAUUUCAAGCUUUGUUCAAUCGCCCGUUAAGGAGAUCACACCCAGAAAUUAUUUUAGAAGUACUCAGAGAAUGAUAUAGCACAGAAGGGAGCCUUUUACCUAAUGCUGUCUAAUAAUGACCAUGCCCUACUGGCCAUAAAACAAUGAGAAGGUACUCCAAACAUAUUCAGUUGUCUACAUUUUCACAGAUCAUUUCAAGCCAUGGCUUAAUCUUGCUCCAAAAUAGCUUGAGUUGCAAAAAUUCACAGUAAACAUGUAAGUAUAACUAGAGAAAUAAUAAAACCACGGAACAACUCUUUUAAUUUUCAGUAUUCCAACUAUAAAUACUUGUUGGGGAACAAAUGUACUUUCAAGUCCUCAUUUGAUAAUGAUAUCAAAAGGACUGUGGGUCGAAGGGUAUCUUUCUGUCUUGUAAUGUCUAUGAUUGCCAUGAUAAUACCAUCAAGUUUAACUCUGAGUUGGGCAAUCACAAAUAAAAAGGAUGUCAAAAGGCCAAUGUACUAAAUUCAAGAGGGUGGAAAUCAUUAGAUAUGUACUUAAACUAGAUGCUUUGUGUUGAAACAGGGAGAAGAAAAAUGAGUAUCUACUCAGGGUAUUGCAAGAAAGUGACUCUUUAGAAAUCAAAGUGUAUUUUAAUAUUGAUACCUUUAUUUUUCAGAGAUGAGAAUAGAUGCAAUGACCUAUUUUCCUAAUACAAUGAACACUGCCAAUUUUAGUUCACUGAGCUAACUCACAGGUGUAUCUUCUAGGCUUACUGUGUUUAGAAAAGGCUUCACAGUAUUGACAUUCUCCCACUCUAAUAAAUUUAAUGCAUGUUUUGCUCUGAUGAUGUGUAAUUGCUGUUCCGUUAUGAACUGCUUGUUUUAAAAUGUAUUUCAAACUUAGCAGGCAAAUAAGUCAGGAUGGAAGAAAAAUGGAUUUAGAUCAAUAGGAUACUGUAGUGAGUAGGGUGCUGCUGAAUCUGUUCUCAUACAAUAUUCCAUUUUAGUACAAGCAGUGUUUCUUACAAUGAGCACACCAGUCAUAAUUUGUUCCAAUCCACCUUUCCAAAAAACUCUGCAUUUUUAUGCAUCGCUGAUUGACACAAAGACAACACAAUUUAUUAAGCCGAUAAAACAGCACAGGCUAAAUGAAGUACACCUACCUUUUAACUGAAGAUCAGAGUAUUUGUAAGCCUGAAUCUAAUGAUUGGCUGGCAUGGUUUAAUAUUGACAAGGCAGCAGAAGCUCCUUGCAGUCAGCUUUCCACAGAUGCUGUGACUAGCACUUUAUGCAUUAAAAAUGUUCACCUUAUGUAGGUAUCUGAGUGCCUAUCAAGAUGUGAAAAGACACUGGAAAGUACAGAAGAGAGUAUUUUAACUAUAGAACCUGAUGUAGUUUUAAGAAUAGUUGUUUUCCAUACAUUCCAGUUUUUUUUUAAAUGACGGAGCUAAAAUAAUCGCUCCCGGGUAUAAUGCACAGUAUUUAUAUUCAAGAAUAUCUACAUGAAUUUCUACAUUUAUAUGAACUAUUUGCUGUAGUUAUAAAUUUAUCGUUCAUAUUAAACAACUUAGCAACUCAUUUCAAUCUUCAUUUGUUAACUAUGUCUGUUCACACAUCUGUGAUAUUGGGAACUUUUAAUUUCACAGUAUACCUUAACUAUGUAAAUGCUAUUUUCUUGUAUAUAGUAUAGUUUUUAUGAUGGUAAAUUCAAUAAGAUUGAACAGUUCAUUGUGUCUAAAUAUCAAAGAGGCUGAGAAUGGCAACUUAUUAUUUGAAGUGUAAAUUAAAUCCCAUCCAUCAAGCACUGCCUGACAGAGUGAAGCAAUGUUUAUACAUUAUAAGGUUUUGUGCCUUGGUGACUUUUUGGUAUGUUCAAUUUUAUAAUUCGAUCACAACAUUCAUCAGUUAUAUAUUUGCAGCUUUAUUUAGUCAAAUAUUUUGAUGUCAGUUUAAAAAAAACUCCUCAAGAAAUCUGUAGAAUGUUCCAGCAUGGGAGACAACAUUGUGUCCAAAUCCUUUGUCCGUUGCAUAAAAUAAAUCAAGCAUUUCCCUAAAGGUGACGCUGCUGACAGAUAUCUGCACACAAACAGACUUCAGCUUUAACUCACUGAAAAUAAUGUUAUUGACAAGCGUUUAACAGCAACACACAAUUGGCCGUGUUCUAAGUGCCUGCACAGUAUUGAUCCUUUCACAGCAGUUUGUUGCAGUGAUUGAGAGGUGUUGCUUGGCAGUGUUUGACUGUAUAUCGUGGGCGCCAUGUACCGAGAGAGUGAGAGUUGGAGUUAUCCAUUGUUGGUGCUCAUAAUAAAAUGUCACCUCAGUGUAACACCAAUAGAUCACAUUUUAGUUGACUUAAAGGGUUCCACAUAGAUUUGUAAUUUCUUUAGAUGCACAGUGUCAGUUUUCAUUUAUCACCAGUGUUUCGAUUCUGUUAAUAAUUCUCCACAUUAUUGCCCAUUCUACCUGUUUUGCAGCUCAAGAACAAGGCCUUGCAUUAUUUAUAUGGAUGUCAGAAUUCACUGAUACAACGUCACUUACCACAGGAUCUUGCACUUGAUACAUGUAGCAAUACCUGAAGUUUCAUUCACUGAUGUUUUGAGUGAAGGAUUCCAUUCACUAUAAAAUGCCCUGUUUUGUACAAUAGAUUAUGUACAGAAUAAUUCUUUCAGAAUGUGUUAUUUAUUUUUACUGUUUUGUAAGUUAGACACGAUGCUGUAGCUCUUAUGGUCAGACUUUACUGGAAAGUGCCUCUUCGUAAAAUGUACAGUAUAGCAUAUAUAAAUAUAUAUAUAUCCGUAUUAGUAAAAUCUGUCAGCAACUGAAAACAAUGUGGAUUUUGUAAUGUGAAGAAGGUUGUACAACAUGAAUUUAAUUCUGUGUUACGUGAGUCACUCAUUUGUCUACACAUACAUUCAAUUGCUUUAAAUGUUGCUUUUCAAUACU